GCCGAGGCGCCCUCCCGCGGCCGGGACAUGGCGGCAGAGGAGUCCCGAUGCCUGCUGGCUCAUCCCGCUACGGCCGCUUACCUGAGGGUGCAAAACAAGAAGCUGUACCUGGCCACGUUCGCUGCUGUCCUGGGACCACUUAGCUUUGGCUUCGCGCUAGGCUAUAGUUCACCUGCUAUUCCAGAGCUGAGGAAAAUCGGAAAUCCGAAUUUACGAUUGGACAGCAAUCAGGCAUCGUGGUUUGGGUCUCUAGUAACAUUAGGAGCUGCUGCUGGAGGAAUACUGGGAGGCUACCUUGUGGAUAAAAUUGGAAGAAAGCUGAGUCUGAUGCUGUGUUCAAUACCAUACGUUUGUGGAUAUAUAGUUAUUAUUUCAGCUCAGAACAUCUGGAUGCUUUAUUUUGGACGAAUACUAACUGGCUUAGCCAGUGGAAUUACUUCACUUGUUGUUCCAGUAUAUAUAUCGGAAAUAUCUCAUACCAAUGUUCGUGGUAUGCUUGGCUCUUUUGUCCAGUUGAUGGUGGUGACUGGCAUACUUGGAGCCUACGUUGCAGGAAUGAUAGUAAAAUGGCACUGGCUGGCAGUAUUAUGUUCUUUUCCACCAUGCAUAAUGCUUUUGUUUAUGUUGUUCAUGCCUGAAACACCAAGAUUUUUGCUGGAUCAGAAGAAACGCGCAGAAGCGAUAGCUGCUUUACAGUUUCUGCGAGGACCAUUUGUGGACCAUGAAUGGGAAUGCAGGCAAAUUGAAGCUAAUGCUGAGGAGGAGGGACUAAGCCUCUUUGAAUUUAAGAAUCCUUCAAUCUACAGGCCACUUCUUAUUGGUGUGAUUCUGAUGUUUCUCCAGCAAGUAACAGGCAUUAAUGCAGUUAUGUUUUAUGCAGAAACAAUCUUUGAAGAUGCAAACUUCCAGAACAGCAGAAUGGCUUCUGUUGUUGUGGGUUCCAUACAAGUAUGUUUCACUGCUGUAGCUGCACUUAUCAUAGACAAAACCGGAAGAAAAGUGUUGCUUUAUGUGUCUGGGAUAAUCAUGGCUCUCAGUACUGCGUUGUUUGGGUUUUACUUUAAAAUGGUCCUUCCAAAUGGGAACAACUCAUCAAAUGCUGAUCUCUCAUUCACUUUCAACUCAGUAUCUCCAGGAACAGAAACUAGACUAUCCUGGCUUGCAGUAGUAAGCCUAGGGCUCUUUGUUGCUGGUUUUGCCCUUGGCUGGGGUCCAGUUCCAUGGCUGGUAAUGUCUGAAAUCUUCCCACUUAAAGCAAGGGGCAUAUCAAGUGGUGCCUGUGUGUUAACAAACUGGGUUAUGGCCUUUUUGGUGACCAAGGAAUUUCACGAUUUUAUAGGUUUCUUAACAUCCUAUGGGACAUUCUGGCUGUUCUCUGCCUUCUGCUGCCUCAGUGUGACUUUUGCGGCCUUUUAUGUUCCUGAAACAAAAGGACGGACCCUGGAACAGAUUGAGGCCUACUUCAGAAAAUCUUAGAUCUCAGGCUUUUGCUGAUGUGAAACCUUUACAUCAUUAUUUGCGGUGCUAUUGCUAAAACUAAUUGUAUCAGUUAGUAGGCAGUCACACAACUUCCUCUACAAUUGUUUUAACUAAUUUUGUAAAAUCUACUUUUUUUUUUUUUUAACCCCCCCAAAAGUCUAUAGGUACUUGCAUGCACUUGAUUAUCACUGCAUACUCGCUGUAGUGUAUCUUACUUCUGAAGGUCUUGGACAUUAGUUUUUUUUUUAAUUACUGUUAGGUGGGUUUGUUUGUUUUUCCUGACCUGGUGCAGACUGACAGCAAUGGCCAGGAAAGAAUGUUAAAUGUAUUGUCUGCUGUCUUUUUUGCUAAUAGGUAAACUGAGAUAUAAUUUUAGAAAUAAUGAAAAAAUUUCUUGUCCCCCUUCACAUCUCCCUACAUAUGUUACAAUGAAGAAAUUAAUGCUACAGUCAGGACUUUAAUUUCAGAUUGCUGUAACUUUUCCUUUAUGUGUGUUACUGCUUCUGCAUCUGGGAUGCCUGCCCAUGGAAUAAGUCCUGAUCCAAAGUGUAGACAGAUGAAGGUUGGGUGCUAGUAUUAAGAUGGCAUUAUUUCUCCCAGAGAUGUCAGGGAGCUAGGACUGCAUUUAAAUCACAAGACAGGUUAUUGCUCUCAGCAGGAGUAUUUUAGAGUUUCAUUUUCAGAAGGAAGGAAUAGAUCACAUAAACUGAGAAAAUAUACCCUUUGCCACAAAAAAGAGGAAAUUCGCUUUUAUAGUGUUAACUUGAGGGGUAAAAAUCUACCACUGGAGAAGGUCUGAGUCUUAUCAACACCCAGAAACAAACCAGUCCUAGAUUGGUUCUUGGCAAAGAGGGAUAGAGCUUAAGGCCAAUCUCAUGAGUGUAACAGUCCUUAAAUGAACAACAGGUUUAAAACAUUUCUAGAGAACUAUAGUAAUUCCUGAACCAAACUUAGAAAAGCCCUGCAAGUGUGAAAGAAAGAACUGAUGUAAAAUUUAUUACAUAUGAAGAAGUAAAUCAUUUCUUCCUCCUCCACAAUAACAAUAAAUCGCACUUAAAACAUU